AUGGGUCAUCUCGCUCGCCUCGCUACAGCCGUAGCCGUCCUCUUCGCUGUUCCUAGUCUCGCGGCCCCGGUCGCCGCGUCCGCGAAGUACUGCGACGGGCCCACCGGCGUCUGCUACUCCGAGAUCUCGGUCGGCGUGGCGCCAAUCACCUGGCGCAUCGCGAUCCCCAGCGUCGCCGAGGGCCCCUUCGACAUCCUGCUCCAGAUCGUCGCGCCGAAAUCCGUCGGCUGGGCCGGCAUCGCCUGGGGCGGCGGCAUGCUGUAUAACCCCAUCUCGCUCGGCUGGGCGAACGGGAACAGCACGGUGCCGGGGGCGCGCUUCGCGAGCGCCCACGUCCAGCCCGAGGUCUACGAGUCCGCGGAGCACACCGUGCUCAAAGGAUCCGGCACGAACGCGACGCACUGGACGCUGACGACGCUGUGCAAGGGGUGCAGCACGUGGACGCACAACGGCGGCGCGAAGGAGGCCCUCGACCCCGGCGCGACGGCCGCCAGCUUCGCGUUCGCGGCGUCCGCGGCGCCGCCCAUCGACGUCACGGACCCCGCGUCGCCCAUCGGCAUCCACUCCGAGCACGGCAUCUUCACCCUCGACCUGGCCGCCGCGAAGUCCGAGCAGUUCGACGCUUGGGUGGCGCAGCUGAAGUGAGUCGA